UGUCUGUCUCAGAUUUGGUCCUCACUUUUUGUGGUAGUUUCUCUCGGUGGGUCGCACUGAUGUAUUCCCGUUUCGCACUUUAUUAAAGAUAUUGACACAAUUACGUAGUUGCUGAAUGUUAAUAUUUAUUUUUUUUAGGGUUUUGUAAAUUCGGGAUGUUCUUAUCGUUAACAUGGAGACAAAACGAGGGGAGAUUCCCAGCGGUUUAUUGGACGACCUCUGCAGUCGAUUCAUCCUUCACAUUCCCAGUGAAGAAAGGGACAAUGCAAUUCGAGUGUGCUUUCAAAUUGAGCUGGCCCAUUGGUUUUACCUGGAUUUCUGCAUGCAGAACUCACCAGGAUUACCUCAGUGUGGGAUAAGAGACUUUGCCAAAGCUGUUUUUAAUCACUGUCCAUUUUUACUGCCUCAUGGAGAGGAUGUGCAGAAGGUUUUAGAUCAAUGGAAGGAGUACAAAAUGGGUGUCCCAACAUAUGGUGCAAUUAUUCUUGACGAAACACUUGAAAAUGUACUGCUAGUUCAGGGUUAUCUUGCGAAGUCUGGCUGGGGCUUUCCUAAAGGUAAAGUCAACAAGGAGGAGGCUCCACAUGAUUGUGCUGUACGAGAAGUGCUUGAAGAGACGAGCUUUGACAUCCGUGAUCGCAUCUGCAAAGAUGAUUUCAUCGAGUUGAAAAUCAAUGAUCAGUUGGCUCGUUUGUACAUAAUACCAGGGGUGCCAAAGGAUACAAAAUUCAAUCCUAAGACGAGAAAAGAAAUAAGGAAUAUUGAAUGGUUCUCAAUAGAGAAGCUUCCUAGUCACAGGAAUGACAUGACUCCCAAGUCCAAACUUGGACUAGCUCCUAACAAGUUCUUUAUGGCCAUUCCAUUCAUUAGACCACUUAGGGAAUGGAUAACAAAGAAGUAUGGAGGAUCUUCAGACAGCGACAAUGGAAUCAAUUCAACAGGCAGCACUCCAUCCAAACCUCACAUGGACAAAAUCCGAUCCAGAGCGAGGCAGAAUCAAGUGUUGCCUGAUGGAUCUCCAGGAGAGCUGUGGGUUAAACAAAGGCAGCAACCACAAAAGCCAUUCAACCAAACAAAUCAGCCGGAGCUAUUUGAUAUUUUAAAAAUGAAGAACCAAGGUCUGAAGGGUAAUGGUAAAAAGCUGCACCAGGAUUCCCCUAACAUGAAGAAAAGGGCAAAUGGGGUAAACAAUCAACAGGUUAAACCUCACCAGUCUGCAAAGUCAGAGAAGAGGCUUCAACCAAGACGACUUCAGGACAACUUUGAAACAGAUGCAGUAUGUGAAUUAUGCAGCUCCAAUGAUGAACAGCCACUUGACCACAUGGAGAGGCCAUGUGGUGAAUGCAGUGGGGACUGUGAAUAUGUCCUCUCUUCCAGGGCUUUUCUUGGCUUCAAGUUUGAUCGGGAUGCUAUCAUGAAAUGCUUUGAGUAAUGAAUGGUUUACAAUCAGGAGGGUAAUAGACUUGUAACCAAGAUAAUAUUUUGAAGGACAUGCAAAGGGCAAAUUAGAGGAGUAUAUUGAUUUGUAAUAUGUUUUUAAACUAGCACAAUCCAACAGAGUUGCAGGAAUGAACAAUUCAGUUGUUCUGAGUAGUUUCUUGCUAAUUUUAUAACAUAGCUUUUCACUCCCUUCAAAAUAGGAUACCUGUUUUUUUUUUAAUAAUAAUAAUAAUAAUAGUAAGCAUUUCUCUCGCUCUCAGGACUUUGAAGAAAUGUAGGGAUACUUAAACAGCUGUGAGCUUAUCCUGCUUGAAGUGGGAGGGGAAAACUGUUAAUUCUUUUUUUUUUUCCAUUGAAUUGUAAACCUUUUCAGUAUCUCCCCCCCCCCCCCCCGAUAGAAACUUAAGGGUGUUGUGGAUAACAAGCUUGUUUUCACAAUAUAUUUGCACAAGUUGUAUUUUCUUGCUUUACAUUGAGGAUUGUGUGCUCUGAGAAAUGACUUUAGCGGAGCAUUACUAUGGCUUAUAAUUAAUCUGCUUUGAGUUGAACAGUGUUGAAUUUGGCAAUGCAUCUUCUAAACUGCACAUUGUUUACAGAGAACUAAUUGGGAUUUUAAAUGGACCAGGAGGUAUUUUGUUUUUUAAAGGAAUGCAGAAUUUCUUUUUUUUUUUUUAGUAUAUGUAGUUUUAAUUACUGUUCUGGAUUUCAUUUCUAAGUUUUUGUUAGGGGUCUGUAACCUUACAAUAGUAUUGUGUUACUUUUGGUGAAACAUCUACACAUUAUUUCUAGGAGUGGAUUUGUAAACGCAGCUUUGGGAUCAAUGACAAAUGAAAUACAAGUAUCCUAUUUUUUUAAAAAUAUUUUUAAUUGCAAAAUAGCAAAACAAAAGACACUGACUGCGAACAAUUCAAAAUAAUUCAAGUCUGCAAUAUCAUCAAAGGAUAAUUUAAGCUGUCUGUACUGUGUACCUGCACAUGUUGUUGUUUUAUUGUAGUUUCUGUUUUCUUCUGUUUUUAUUCAGUGCUUUUAGGACACAGGUAUGUGAAUCUCAUUUCUUCCUCUGCUGGUUAGUGUAGAUCACCUGUAUUUUAUUUGGAUCCAGGUAUUUGCUAUGGUUGUACGCACUUAAUAAGUGUGCUGCUGCCGUACAUAUCCCCUCCACAGCUGUGAAUUCAAAAUGAUACAGUAUAUGUGUGGACCUACAUCCACACAUUUACAUGUAAAAAAAUGUAGCUGUGAAAUAUAAAUCCCUAGAUACACUCAGUGAAUUGCUGAAGAACAACCAUGCCAAGUUUGAUUACAAUUGGAGACGUGGUUCUCCAGAUAUGUGCAGAAAUGUAAACUUGAAUUAUCUUUGGGCACCUCCACAGUAUCCCCAGUGGGGUUAAUACACACUUGUUAACCAUGUGUAAUAAACAGGGACAUGUUAACUUGAGCUACCAACAGCAGUUUUAAUUUUCCAAAAGAGCAGAUCAGUUACGAACGUUAGUUUAAAGAUAAUUGCUAGUUCAUUUUAAAUUAGAUAACAUGUUUUAGUAGUGCACAUAUUUGUUACUGUACAGGCUUAAACAGUGUGAAAUCAAGUCUAAAAAGAAUUUAGUGUUAAUGACUAGUAAUUCUGGAGACUGUGUAGUUUUCCUCUGAAUAGAACCUGCCCACAACUUAAAAGUAAUAUUUCUAGUCAUUUUUACCUUUUGGUUUUUUCAUGUAGGCCCCUCAUGGCUCGCUCCUGUGCCUUUAAAAAUCAAUUGUAAAGACAGUUCUUAACGGCAAGUGGUUUUUCAAUGAACUACAGUACCAGUGUGUGUUUAUGCUGCGUGACGUGUUGAAUCAGAAUCUAGUCCAUAGGUUUGACCCAUCUAUUUGAACCCUCUAUAGUGAUUACAAGCGGAGCCAGUUUAAGUGCAGUGUGAAUGAACUGUGUGUAUACAAACAUUUUUAGCAUGUUGCUAUGAUAAACCUGGUUUAAAAAAUAAAAGUUUGAGAAAUGUUUUAGCCAUGCUGAUCAAAUCGGAUACAAAUGAGAGAUGACAAAAGCCAAAAAAGAAUAAAAUGAAAUCUUGGUCCUCAUAAUAGUACAGUUAUGUUGAAAAAUGUGAUACUGUCUCUACCUCGAAGGGAGUCUGUAAUCUUAUUUCUCUAGAUGCAGAUUUAUUUAAUAUUUUACAUCCAUUUUAAAAAAAACGACUGAAUGA